AAAAAAAGAAAAAAAAAUCUCCACCGAGAUUAACCGUGAGGGCAUUUCCGACAUUAAGAAAGAACGUCAUCGCUGGAGUCCGUUUUGCCUGUCUGUCAGUCAAUCAAUAAUCAUACUUCAUUCAGCAAAAGGGUCAUCAUAAUCAACGAUGGUCAAUUCUCAAAUCUAAAGCGGAACACACAGAUUCCCCAAACAGUAACUACUGAAGAACAAGUAGUAGUAGUAAAAGAAGGGUUGAGGAGAUUUGAAGGAAAACAAUCAAUGGCGAGGAGGCCGGACGAGGAGUACGAUUACUUGUUCAAGGUGGUUUUAAUCGGAGAUUCCGGCGUCGGCAAAUCCAACUUGCUUUCUCGCUUCACUCGUAAUGAAUUCUGUUUGGAAUCUAAAUCCACCAUCGGCGUCGAAUUCGCCACCCGCACGCUUCAAGUUGAAGGAAGGACCAUAAAAGCUCAGAUUUGGGACACAGCUGGGCAAGAGAGAUACCGAGCCAUAACCAGUGCUUAUUACAGGGGUGCUCUUGGAGCUCUUCUGGUAUACGAUGUUACAAAACCAACUACAUUCGAUAAUGUAAGCCGGUGGCUGAAGGAGCUGAGGGAUCAUGCAGAUUCGAACAUCGUGAUCAUGCUUAUUGGUAACAAGACUGACCUGAAGCAUCUAAGAGCAGUUGCUACCGAGGAUGCUCAAAGUUUUGCUGAGAAAGAAGGCCUUUCUUUCAUUGAAACGUCGGCUUUAGAAGCAACAAAUGUGGAAAAAGCUUUCCAAACAAUUCUUGGAGAGAUAUACCGUAUAAUUAGCAAGAAGUCACUUUCUUCAGGUGAGCCGGCCGCAAACAUCAAAGAAGGACAAACUUUAGUGGUGGAAGCCGAGGACACCAACGCCAAGAAGCCCUGCUGUUCUUCCUGAUGCAGUAAACCCCUUCGUGCCAAUCUUUAGCGCUGAAUACUGAUUGCAUAUUGUAUUUGAUUGAUUGUCCUUUUUCAUUUUCUUUGUAAAACUUCAAAGCAAUGUUUUUUUUUGGGGUCCCCUUCUGUUGGUUUAUUUAUUGUAGUUACAUAUGUUGUCGUCAAAUGGUGAAAACUGUCUACAGAUUGUAUUGUGCUGUUACAUAAUUAGUUAGAAAUUUGACAAGAAAGGCUACAUCCGCAACUGGGUUCCCAUCUUUGAGGUUUGAAGUCUAUCAUUAGAUAGCUCGUGUCCCCUGAAUUCAAGAAAUAGUGAAGGCUGAAUCCUGUUUGUGCAAUUUUAACACAUGUAACUAUUGAAUCAACCCCUUUUCAUAAAAAAACUACUGAAUCAACC